CUUCUUCCCCCACAACACCAUAUAGAGAGAGAGAGAGAGAGAGAGAGAGAGAGAGAGAGAGACUCACUUGCUCAUCGACAUUGGCGACAUGGGUUCUCUCCCUUUCGUGCUCUCCCUCGUCGUCGUCCUCCACCUGUGCUCGGCGGAGGGGAGCUCCGAGGUGGGCGCGCUCAUGGCGCUGAAGCGGGCGCUGGACCCGCAGGGGCGAGCGCUCGCUUCGUGGGCGCCCAUGGCGGACCCGUGCGGUGGGGGCUUCGAGGGGGUGGCGUGCGACGCGCGCGGAAGGGUCGCGAACAUCUCCCUGCAGGGGCGCGGCCUCGCCGGGUCCAUCUCCCCCGCGGUGGCGCAGCUCCGGGGCCUCUCGGGGCUCUACUUGCACUACAACGAGCUCAGGGGGGAGAUACCCAGGGAGAUUGGGACCUUAGCGGAGCUCACGGAUCUCUACCUCAACGUUAAUAACCUCUCCGGGGGGAUCCCCGUGGAGUUUGGGAACUUGGGGAGUCUCCAAGUUCUGCAACUCUGCUACAACCAGCUAACAGGGAGCAUACCAACCCAGCUUGGGCUUUUGAAGAAGCUCAAUGUGCUCGCUUUGCAAUCCAAUCGCCUAAACGGCGCGAUUCCGGCUACCUUGGGAGACCUCUCGCAGCUAAUAAGAUUGGAUUUAAGCUUCAAUCACCUCUUCGGGUCGAUCCCGACUAAAUUAGCUCAACUCCCUGAGCUUGUAUACUUAGAUCUUCGCAACAACUCGCUUUCCGGCAAUGUCCCUUCCGAUUUGAAGAGAUUGCAAGAAGGUUUUCAAUAUGAGAACAACACUGAUAUGUGCGGAACUGGAUUCAAUUCUUUAAGAACUUGCACUUCUGCGGAUCUCCUAAACCCUACCCGGCCCGAACCGUUUAGUGCCGGCGUCGCCCCGCACGCAAUUCCCCAAUCAGUUAACACCGCUGGCCGUUGCGAUACAAACCACUGCUCUCACUCUUUGAAAUCUUCUUCAGUGGCCGCCAUUUCCUCCGUUUCUAUAAUCGCGCUCCUGGGGUUUAUAUUCGGGCUAAUUGCAUUCUCGAGGUAUAGAAGCCGUAAGCAAAACCGUGGUAGCGCUCCAAUUAUUUCCACUAAUAACUCGUGUCGUAGAAGUGCUUCUUCUCUCAUCAACCUCGACUACUCUAAUGGUUGGGAUCCUUUAGCCGAUGGGAAAAGUGCUCUUGGGUUCUCCGAAGAAGUUUCAACGAGCUUUCGUUUCAAUCUUGAGGAAGUGGAGUUUGCCACUCAAUACUUCUCGGAGGUGAAUUUACUUGUGAAAAAAUCGAAUUCUUUAGCUACUUAUAAAGGGAUUUUGCGGGACGGGAGUGCGGUGGUGGUGAAGAGGAUAAGCAAGACAAGUUGCAAGUCGGAAGAGGCCGAUUUUCUACACGGGUUGAAGAUAAUUACUUCUUUAAAGCACGAUAAUAUUGUUAAGUUGAGGGGUAUUUGUUGCUCUCGAGGGAGGGGGGAGUGUUUUCUUGUUUACGAUUUCGUUCGUAACGGGAGUUUGUUGCGGUAUUUGGACGUGAACGGCGAAGAGAUCAAUCGCGUUCUCGAGUGGGCCACGAGAGUUUCCAUCAUCAAAGGCAUUGCUAAAGGGAUACAGUACCUCCACAGCGAAACCCUAAACAAGCCUUCUCUAAUCCACCAAAACAUAUCCGCGGAGAAAAUUCUACUUGACCAAAAUUUCAAGCCUCUAAUCUCCAGCUCAGGCCUUCAUAACCUAUUAGCCGAUGAUGUCAUCUUCGCAACCCUAAAGGCAAGCGCCGCUAUGGGUUACUUAGCUCCAGAGUACGGAACCGUUGGUCGCUUCACCGAGAAAAGUGAUGUUUACGCUUUUGGGAUCAUCAUCUUCCAAGUGAUUUCGGGAAAAAGGAUGACCGCAGAAUUAAGGCUAUUGGCGGAAUCAGGUAAGCUCGAGGAUCUCAUCGAUGGGAACUUGAAGGGGGAGUAUUCGAAGGAAGAGGCCACUAAAUUGGGGCGCGAUGCGUUGGUUUGCACAAGCGAAGAUCCGAACAGAAGGCCAACAAUGGAGGCCUUGCUUCAAGAAUUCGGAGAUAUAUAACUCAUGAUAGUGUUGUUCUUCAAGUUGCAUGGACUCAAGGUAAAUUACGGCGGUAGUGCUCUAACUUUUUCUUUGUGAAGUUUUAUUUCAGUUGUCGAACUUAAAGUUUAUGCAUUAUGCACAUUGAACUCGCGCGUGUAAGUGUUCUACUAUAAUCCCCCUAAUCAACACUAGUAAGUAAGAGUAACAAGGAUGCACCAACACGCCGACAUGCACUCGAUCUGUAGCCACGCAAUUGAUUGGGAGGAUUACAAUGAAUCGCUUAUUCUGGAUUUCAAAUGCUUAAGUUUAAAGUUAAAGUUCGAGGACUAAAGUUAAUCUUUUUGGAAACUUCGCGGUUAAUUGCACUAAACCUUUAUAUUCACCAGCUAAAGGGAAGUGGAAGUACUGCAUCAUGGUUGCUAACUACUAACUCUAGAAGCUUCUAGGAUUCCAUUUCUCAAGGAUCUUUGAUAUCUUAGUGUGCUAAUUCCACUGUAUUAAUAUUAACCUUAAUCCUUGUUGUUUAUGGGAGCAUGUGAUCUCUCUCUUAUCUUUCUAGACCUUUUUUUUUUUUUUUUUUUUUUGGCCUGGUGGGGACUCUUGUGAACCAAUGUACUAUAUUAAUUUAAAUGUUGUGUGGAUUUUUGGGUGAGUCCAUUGUGGAAGAGCCAAAGUGUUAAGGCAACAUGUGAGUUUAAAUUUUU